GCUCGAUCGUCAACUUUGAUAUUCGAGCACGCUCAUCGGGCAAGGUGGCCUCGAAUGUGACGCAGAGUGACGUCGAGGCAGGCUGUCGAUCGUAUAAGAAUAAGAAGUCUCGGACAUCGCUAUCUACCGUCGAGCAAUCCAUAACUUCGCCAAAACUAAAUCAGCAUCAUGUCUGCACUCGAAGGAGAACCUCAGAUUGUCGACGACUCGAUGGUCGACGGCGGUGCCGCGCCCAAUGAUGGUGACGAGCAAGUCAGCACAGGCUACGUCUCAAAGGAGGAAGCAGAUGGUCUUUCGAAGGACAACAUCCUGCCUGAAGGUACAUCGCGCAACAAGAGCAAGCCUGCUUACCAGGAUGAUGAUGCGCUCGACGCUGCCGUAGAGGAGGCAUCGGCCGCCGAUCUGUCCGCAACAGAGACCCUCAAAGUAGACGAUUGCCCUUCGAAUAUGCACUCUGAGCAUCGACAAACCUGUUUGCCACAAGCUUGGCGUAGCCUGCCAAGAUGCGCAUUCUCGUAUGAAAAUGUCCGAGCAUAUCGAAAUUUCCAAAUGGCCCUCGCAAAGCUGCUCGCAGAACUGUUGUCGCCACACAAAGCCGCACAGCCUGCCACCUUCCGUCCCUUUCCUUCGCUUCCCUCUCAACUACCGCGAAGCAGCCCAGCUAAUCGAAACGAAAUGUCUGGCCUCGAAGGUGAACCUCAGAUCGUCACAGACGCCAUGUCAAAAGGAGGUGCAGGACCUGCCGACGGCGAUGAGCAAGUCUCUACAGGAUACGUUUCCAAAGGCAAGUCCGCAGGCGGGGGCGCAUCCGUUCUGUCGAAGAAGAAUAUCUUGCCCGAUGGCGCUUCUCGUAAGACUGCCAGCCACGACUACAAGCAGGACGAGGACGAUCUCGACAACGAGGUCGCCAGUCGUACCAAUGCUGAGCCCCAGGUCGAGUACACCCGCAGCUGA